AUGUCCUCCGCAUCAGAAGAAAUGCAAAUCAACCCCACCCGCGCAAGGCACCUCUCCGAAAACCUCAGCCACGUCCUCUCCCAGGUCCGCCUCAUCGCCGUCUCAAAACUAAAACCCGCAAACGACAUUCUCGCCCUCCACAAUGCUCCCUCUAGCCACACCCAUUUCGGCGAAAACUACUCCCAAGAACUCACCGAAAAAGCCGCCUUACUGCCAAAAACAAUAAACUGGCAUUUCAUCGGCGCCCUCCAAACAAACAAAUGUCGUCCUUUGGCCGAAAGCAUCCCAAACCUGUUUUCCGUGAGCAGCGUCGACAGUGCCAAAAAAGCCGACGGCCUGGAAAAGGGAAGAGCAAAACUUGAAGACGAGGUACAGGGAAAGAAACUGAGGGUUUUGGUGCAGAUCAAUACUUCAGGGGAAGAAGAGAAAUCUGGUGUGGAGCCAAAGGAUGCAGUGACGCUUUGCAAACACAUCUUGGAUAAUUGCCCGCAUCUAGAGUUGGGUGGUUUGAUGACCAUCGGUGCGAUUGCGAGAUCGAAAGCUACCACCAAAGAAACGGAAAAUGAAGACUUUGAGGCAUUGAGAAAGUGUAGAGAUGACGUGGCUAGCCAGUUGGGCAUUGAGGCUGACAAGUUGGAGUUGAGUAUGGGUAUGAGCUCGGACUUUGAGGCUGCCAUCAGACAGGGGAGUACAGAGGUUAGAGUUGGUACGACCAUUUUUGGCGAAAGACCUGCUAGAGGCGAUGCUAAAGUCAAGGAGGACGUUGCCGAGGAAAAGAAGUAG